UUAUAUGCUUGCCUCAGUGUGCUUCUGUCCUAUUCAGACUUCAACAUGUGAGGAAGUAGGACUCAUCACCCAUAACAGGCAGCAUCAGUAUUUGCUAACAUUCCAAGUGGGUUUAAAAUAGAACCAUUUAUGCAUUUCGUCUCAAUGGGAAAAUUGAAUAACUGAAAUAGAAAACCUCACCUCUGCAGUGCACUUUGUUGAUCUGGUUCCUGUUUCAACCCUGGAAUUAACUGGAUCUGUGACAUGGGUUUUCUUUUCCUUUUAACCAAAAAGAUCUGCCCUUUAGUUUAUAGACUGAUCCAACCUUCAAAGAGCUUGAUAGAGGAUAAACAUAAUGGAUAAGAUUAAGAUUAAAGUUAUCUGACUUUACAUAUGAAAGACUAUUUCCAUAUUUAGUAGUAGAUGUUGUCAUAAGUACAGAACAGACACAUGCAUGGACUGUUUUUGAGCUGUACAGCGGGAGUGAGCACAUGCACUGUAAGGGAAGUUCUGUUCUGGAGUGUGGGCACUGGGAAGCAAGGGCCAGUGUGGGCAUCUUCUCUCUACCUGUAUUCCCAGCACAUAUGCAUAGCAGAACUCACCCCACCUUGAUGCUAAAUCAUCCUUGUGUUUUCCUUAUCUAUUUUAAAGCGGAUGUCCAGAAUACAUUUCUGAUAUGUGUCAGUGUCUUUGUGGGAGGUUCCCUGAAUGCACAGUUUUGAAAGUAGGCUCUGAGGUGACAGCGAAGUCCACCUUCCGUGACACCUUCUGGCCUGUGUCACAGGCAUGCCUGACUGAUUUAGGGCCCCAGGGAGCCAAACUCCAAUCACAACGCGAUGCACCUGGAACAUAUACUACAUUAACGUUUAACGAAGUUCUCCUUUCUCUUACAAAACAGUAAGGCACAGGGGCAACAGGGCUGGACAGUGCUGGUGAGAGCCCAAGAGCACAGUGAAGGCCUAGCAGGAACGCCACACUGUGCACGCGCCUCGGCCCCACGGUGCACGCGCACGUCCUGGCGGCCCGGCCGGUGCGCGCGCACGCCCUCGCGCACGCCCUCGGCUUCCUCCCAGAGCUUGGUAUCGGCGACGCGCGCGGCAGAUGGAAGGGGUGCUCGCGGAAGUCCUGCUGGAGCAGAGCUGGGACCCCCGGGCCCUGUUCGGGACGCUGUGCCGAGGGGAAGCGUCCGUGGAGCGCGUGGAGACGCUGCGCUUCCUUCUGCAGCGGCUGGAGGACGCGGGCACGAACCCGGGCGCGCUCCCGGAGGCCGCGCGCGAGGUCGCCACCGGGUACCUAGUGCCGCUUUUGCGCGGGUGCCCGGGCGGCGCCGACCCCGACCCCGGCCCGCCGAGCCAACGCCGGCGCGUGCUGCGGGCGGCGGGCGCGGCGCUGCGCUCGUGCGCCCGGCUCGCGAGGGGCCCGCCUCUGGCUGCCGCGCUGGCUGAGGAGGCGCUGCGGGACCUGCGGGUCGGGCGGUGCGCGCCGGGCGUCGAGGCUGCGGUGGAGGUGCUGGCCGCCGUCGGGCCCUGCCUGCGGCCCCGCGAGGACGGGCCGCUGCUUGAGCGCGUGGCGCAGGCCGCSGUUGCCCUGGCGCUGGGCGCGGACGGGCCCGGGAACGCCGAGGACGCGGGGGCGCUGGCGGCUGCGCGGCUGCUGCCGGCGCUGGGUCAGUGUGGCGGGGCGGCGCUUCGGGCCGUGUGGGGCGCGCUGGCCGAGCCGGGCGUCCCCUGGGAACCGGACCGCGUCGGGCUAGAGCUGCAGGUGCUGAGCGCCCUGGCCGAGAAGCUGCUGCCUCAGCCCGGCGCCCGCGACGUGGGCCCCGACGCGCGGCGCUGCGGACGCUUCUGGAGGACGGUGCAGACGGGCCUGGGCCGCGCGGAGGACGCCCUGACGCGCAAGCGCGCGCGCUAUCUGCUGCAGAGGGCCGUGGAGGUGUCCGCGGAGCUGGGUGCCGACUGUACCUGCGACGCUCACGGGGGAACAGGCCCAAGUCUGUUUUGGUGGUCUGAGAAGAAAAAAGAUGAGCUUCUAAAAUUUUGGGAAAAUUAUAUUUUAAUCAUGGAAACUCUAGAAGGAAAUCAGAUACAUGUUAUAAAGCCAGUCUUACCAAAGCUAAACAAUCUGUUUGAAUAUGCAGUGUCAGAGGAACAUGGCUGCUGGCUGUUUCACCCCUCCUGGCACAUGUGUGUUUAUAAAAGAAUGUUUGAAAGUGAGAAUAAAAUCCUGACCAAAGAAGGUGUUCUCCACUUUCUGGAGCUGUAUGAAUCUGAGUGUCUUCCAUUUUCACCAGACUUUUCCGAGUUUAUUAUUGGACCAUUAAUGGAUGCCCUUUCAGAGAGCUCUCUCUAUGGCAGGUCCCCAGGCCAGCUGGUAGGAAGUGGUUCUCCAUUGGGAUUAAAGUUACAGAAGUUUUUAGUCACUUAUGUUUCUCUUCUUCCAGAAGAAAUAAAGAGUGGCUUUCUGCUCAGGUUCCUUCAGAAGAUGACAAGCAGGCACUGGUGUGCGGUGCCUGUGCUCUUUCUGUCCAGGGCUCUGGCGAAUGUCCCGCGGUGCAAGGCCCUGGGAGUGGAAGGGCUGCUGGCCCUCAGGGAUGUUCUUCGGUGCACCAUGAUCACACACCAGGUCCUGCUGCGGGGCGCAGCACAGUGCUAUUUACUUCAGGCGGCUCUGCGUUUGGUGGACGUGGAGCAAGUGUCCCUCUGCGAUGUCUCUGCACUCCUCAUGUCUCUGAGACAGGAGGAAUCCUUAGGACGAGGAACUCUGCUGUGGACAGAGCUCUGUGACUGGCUGCGUGAGAACGAGCUGUACUUCAGGCAACCCUCUGCCAGCGGCUCCCAGGGCCUGCAGGAGGCAUCCUUGGCCACAUACGUGAAGAACCUUGUCCAGGAGUACGUGAGGUCCCCUGCCUGGGAAGCAGGAGAAGGCGGCCUCAUGCCUGAUGGGCUAGAGGCCCGGCUGACGGCCACGAUGGUAUUGCUGGCGGUGGAUGUGGAAGGAAAGAAGGCCCAAUACAGUGAAAAGCAGAGGACACAGAACGUGUUGAGGCUGUUCUUGGAUCCCCUGCUGGGAGCCCUGAUGAAGUUCGGUACAAAUGCCUAUGUGCCAGUGCCCAAGACUGACCGGUGUCUGCAGCUGCUACUGAUGUUGUUGCACACAUGCACGUCGAGGGGCUCCAGCGCCCAGGAAGACGAGGUGUCCGUGCUUCUGCAGAGCCUCCUCAUGUCCGCCUCAGAGAGCGUGUCCGAGUUCAUUCUCAGGAGACUCACCAUGGACGAGCUUCRCACUGUUUCAGAUCUCGACCGUUGCCACUUGUACCUGAUGGUCUUAACUGAGCUCAUACAUCUCCAGCUGAAGUUGGGGUGGAAAACGGGUGCCUCUAUCUGCAGAGUUAUUUCUCCUUUGAAGAACGCAUGCAUUCGGCACCUUCAGGAGACCGACAGUGGACAGGAGCCCACACUUGCUCGUCAGAUCCAGAGAGUGGCUAGCAUGGCCACCUUGGCCAGGGUGUGCGAGAUAGUGGACCUGCAGCAGGAGUCCCUGGACACGGGGCCCCUGGAAAGGUUGCUUUGCACUCUUCCACUUAACCAGACUCUGCAGAAGCCCUGUGCAGAGGACCCAGAGAGCAGCAGUUUUUUUGAGGAGUCAUCGCCUUGCCAAGGAUGGGGGAAGAUUGUAGCCCAGUAUGUCCACGAUCAGUGGGUCUGCCUCUCUUUCCUGUUGAAACGGUGCUACCCCCUCAAGCCAGCUGCAGAAGGGGACAAGCUGGAGCCCUCACUGCCCUCUGUGCGAACGCCAACACAGAUCCUGUGCGCUGCGCUGGACGCCCUCUCUCUUCUGCCCUCUGACCGGGUCUCACCCGUGUUCUGCUGCAUGAAGACUCUGGUUCCCCAGCUGCUGACCUCCUCCGAGUCGCUCUGUGUGGAGUCCUUCGACGUGGCCUGGAGAGUCCUGACCUCCUUGAGCAACACCCAGCUGACGUUCUGGCCCAACUUGAGAGCUUUCGUUCAGUUUGUUUUUGAUAAUACCAUUCUCACCACUGCUGCAAAAACCAAGGGCCAGGCAUAUUUCAGGAUAAAAGAGAUUAUGUACAAAAUCAUUGAAAUGUCUGCUGUAAAAACCGGGGUCUUCAAUACACUGAUGAGUCACUGCUGCCAGUCAUGGCUGGUGUCUGCUGCCAGCGGGCCCCAGGGGUCUCUGUCCAGCGCCAGGCACUACAGCGAACUCAUCCUGGAGGCGUGUACAUUUGGAACUGUGUUCAGGCGUGAUCAGAGACUCAUUCAGGAUGUACAGACCUUCAUAGAGARUCUCGGACAUGACUGUGCAGCCAAUGUUGUCAUGGAGAGUACUAAAAGGGAAGACUGUUAUGUGAGGGUCUGUGCCAUCAAAUUCCUGUGUCUGUUAGACUGCUCGAACACGGCCCACAAGUCAUUCAUGGAGGAUCUUGCAAUCAAGCUUUUGGACAAAGACGAGCAGGUGUCCCAGUCCAGAGUCCGCUACUACCAGAACUCUCUCCAGCACCGGGUGAAGAACCGGAUAUGGCAGGUGCUACUCACGCUCUUCCCCAGGUUUGACCAGAAUUUCUUGAAUGAGAUUAUUGACAAGAUUUUCCAAGCUGGUUUUAUCAACAAUCAAGCAUCUAUAAAAUAUUUUAUAGAAUGGAUCAUUAUAUUGAUUCUUCAUAAGUUCCCUCAGUUUCUUCCAAAGUUCUGGGAUUGUUUUUCUUAUGGUGAAGAAAAACUUAAAACAAGUAUUUGUACAUUUUUAUCUGUUUUGUCACAUUUGGACAUUAUCAUUCAAAAUAUUCCAGAAAAGAAGCGAGUACUAAAGCAGGCCCUCCUCAUUGCACUGCAAUGGGGUCUCAGCCACAACUUCAGCAUCCGGCUGUAUGCUCUGAUAGCUCUGAAGAAGGUCUGGGCAGUGUGCAAAGCCCUCUGCGUGGAGGAGUGUGAUGCGUGGACAGCUCUCAUAGAGUGUAGUCUCAGCCAGGUGGAGAGCAUGCAUGGUGCAGGGAAUGCCAAGAAGAACUGGCAGCGCAUCCAGGACCACUUCUUCUUUGCCACGUUUCACCCCCUGGAGGAUUACUGUCUGGAGACCAUCUUUUACACCCUCCCACGGCUCUCAGGCGUCAUUGAAGAGGAGUGGAUCACCCUUGACAGAUUUUACAGCUUCACAGAUGUCCCUUCAGGUUCAGGGCCCCUGUGGUGCCUUUCUCGGACUCCGCUCUGUGAGCUAAAUCCCGGGGACUGGUCCCAGCAGGACGCAGGCACUGGCUCAAGGGAAGCAGAUGGCCCUUCUGAGCAGGCUGAUGUGCAGAAGAAGAUCAUCCCGUGGGGACACGACCUCCUCGACACAGACCUCGAGCUUGUGCUCCAGGACCGUGCUGCCAAACUUGGAAAGUCCAUCAGCAGACUGAUUGUAGUGGCCUCACUAAUUGAUAAACCAACUAAUUUAGGAGGCCUGUGCCGGACCUGUGAGGUGUUCGGGGCCUCAGUGCUGGUGGUCAGCAACCUUCAUUGUGUCCGUGACAAGCAGUUUCAGCACCUCAGUGUCUCAGCUGAACAGUGGCUUCCUCUGGUGGAGGUGAAGCCGCAUCAGCUCCCUGGUUAUCUGCAACAGAAAAGGGCAGCAGGUUACACGGUCAUUGGCGUGGAGCAGACUGCCCACAGCUCAGACUUGGCCCAGUUCUGCUUCCCUGAGAAGUCGCUGCUCCUGUUGGGCAAUGAACGGGAAGGCAUUCCUGCCAACCUUCUACAACAGCUGGACGUGUGUGUGGAGAUUCCCCAGCAGGGCGUCAUCCGCUCACUGAACGUGCAUGUGAGCGGGGCCCUGCUGAUCUGGGAGUACACCAGGCAGCAGCUGCUCAGGCAUACAGGAGCCUCAUCGUGAAGCCUGUGCCUUACCUCAGUGGUCACGGUGCCUCUUGACUGCUUUUUAAACUAUUUGGAAUAAUGAAAGAGAUUCUGACAUUUAUUGGGAUAUGAAUUUUUUUUGUUCUUGCAAUUUAAUGCCAAAAACUUGUUAAUGUGCCUUAAAUAUAUCAUUAUAUAUUUUCUCCUUUGAUAAAUCUUUAUAUAGAUACAUGAUUUUGCUUAUUAAUAAAACAUUUUACAUAAUUAUGAAAAUAAAACAACAUUUUUUUUAAAAAGUCCUUCUAGAAGUUAGUAUCAUCAGGAAUACAAAAUGCACUCAAAGUGAGGCAGAAUUGAAUAGCCCUCACCUCCAAGCACCGGAACCCUGAGGUCAUGGGGACGAAGCAGGAAACCAAGGCAAAGGCACUGGAGGAAGGUGGUCUGGCCUCCUGUGGUACUCUGCCUUCCCUACUUUGUUUGGCAAGAUGUUAAGCCAGCUUCCCUGUAAAGUUCACAAACCAUGAAGUAGGCCAUAGUCAUUCAUAUUAAGUUCUUAGGAAAUUUCUCAAAUGCAUCUUUGUUCAGAGAGAUGAAGUAAUGGUUAGAAAUAGUCUGUAUUGAGAAAACUACAAAUGAGAAUGCAAAGAACUCGAAUUACUCCUCCAAAUUGCUGCUGAAGCUGAGAAUGAAGUUCACGAGUAUUUGCUGGUAGACUUCUUCUGUCUUUUUUUUAAUUUGGUAAUUUGACUUUCUUAUUUAAUAGUAACCAUAUAUCACCAUCCAGCAAUGACCUUCAAUUAUAUCUGGGUCUUUUAGUAACAAAUUUCCUAGUUCAUGCCCAUAUAUUUACUUUUUCUUCUAUAAUUUUGAAACUAACUUUCAUUUUGCAGAAGGACUGCAAAAAUAGCACAGAAGUUUCCUUAUACCUGCUUCACUGUGAUGCCUAAGUGAUCUUAUAAAACACAGUGCAUUCAUCUGAAUUAGGACAUUGGUGUUGAUCGAGGUGCUCUUCACCAAGUUGCAGACUUGAGUCCAGUUUCCUGUUUUCCACUACUGUCCUUUUCCUGUCCCUGGAGCUAAUCCAGGUUUGGAUACACAUUACAUUAAGUGUUAUUUUGAAGAGUGCUGGUCCAGUGUUUUGUAAACGUCCCAGGAUUUGGGUUUGUCUGGCAUAUCCUUGGAGGUUACAGGUUCCAAGAGCAGGUGAAGGGGCCUCUUCUGCCAUGAGGUUAGAUAGACAUGGUGGCAGCGGGGUGGGCUCACACCUCCAUMAUUUCCAUCUGGUGAAGACCUCUUCUGCUGCAUUGUUCUCUAAAUUUGCUCUCUCCCUCUCCAUGCCUUUGUCAAAAGCAAGUCAGCCUGCCUCAAGGGUAGGGGAAGCAAGCUCCCCGUGGAGGGGGAGCACUGGAGUCUGUGGCUCUUGUCAAGACUGUGGCAGUCAUUAAAGGACAUCCUGGGGGCUGGGGAUGUGGC